AGACCCUGAUCUGCAGGAAGUAAAAGUCGUAACAAGGUUUCCGGCGGUGAACCUGCGGAAGGAUCAUUACGAUGAACAGACCGUCUGCAUGAGAGCGGACAGAGUUCAGAUUGAAGUGGUGUAUUGGAAGCUCAUUUUGCAAGUGACUUUUUUUUCGUCCCGACGACCAACAACAGACGGAUUGGAAGCUCAUUCUGCGCAUGCGUUAAAUGCGUUAAAAAAACAAAACUAGUUAAACCUGAAAUUGAAUUAACUGAGUUAACGCGUUAUUUUUCACAGCACUAAUAUAUACAAAUAUAUAUAUAAUAUAUAUAUAUAUUUGUAUAUAUUCAUUUUUAGUUUAUUUAUAUAUAUAUAAAUAAAUAUACUUGUCUGUAUGUGUAUAUAUAUAAUUAUAUAUAUAUAUUUUGUUGUUGAUUUAUAUAUAUAUAUAUCAAACCUCGUUUUGUUGUUUUAUUUGACACGUCUCUAGACCAUCAACAACUCUUCAGACAAAAUCAGGGUGAGAGACCUGCAGAUUGUGUCCAGGGAGGCCAUGAGCCGCAUGAAGGAGGGCGAGGAGAACAAAACCAAGUCGUACACGGCGCUCGUCUGGACCCAGAAACCCAUCCGGAGCGAAGACAUCGCCUUUAUCGACGACAUCAAGGACCUGACUCUGGACCAGAAGACCCCCCUGAGGGUUCUGCACCGGCGGGCGCUGGCGGUCCGUCAGCGGGUCGUCCACCACAUGACCGCUCGCUACCUGGACCCCCAUCACUUCCACCUGGAGCUGAAGACGCAGGCCGGCACCUACAUCAAAGAGUUCAUCCACGGAGACUUCGGCCGCACCAAACCCAACAUGAGCGUUCUGCUGAAGAUGGACACGGACAUCCUGGAGCUGGAUGUGGAGUCCGUGGAUGUGGACUGGCCUCCGUCGAUACCGGAGUGAACCUCCGUCCUGUUUGCUGAGCAUCCAGGACCGGAUCCUGCGUGGGGGAACCGGAGGGUCCAGGAUCAGGGUCCAGACCAGACGUCCUGCUGGCUGCGGGGUCCGGUAGAGUCUCCGGUCGAAACUUCAUCUUCAAAAAUGUAGCGAAGAGACAAAUGACGCUCUGAUUCAGUUAUAAGGGGUUAUCUCUGUACGGUGGCCUUCGUGGGACAUUUCAGACUCAACAGCUUCAUUUGAGAUUUCAGAGCCUGUAAACCAACCUGAUGUUUUUUUUUGUGAUGGGUCGUUCCUUUAAAAGGUCUCUGUCACCAUGGUGACGAUGAGGUUCAGGUGACAUGAUUGAAAUGUCUGAAGUACGAUCGCUGAUGUCAGUCAGCUGUGAGCACGCUGGUCUAAAUAUGAAGGCUUGAUUUCUCCAGAUGCUUUAAUCUGUUAUUUUAAGAUUACUUUUGUUAUAGUUUUAAAUGUGUGUGGAGACCUCAGUAAAGUGAAGCGGUUCUCUUCUGGAACUCAAGCUUUAUGUUUUUUUUUUUAUAUAGCUAAAUUUACCUGAAAUGCAUAACCCUACGAGAAGCUCUGCUGUUCAUCGAAUCUUUUUAAUUUGUUCUUUGGACCAAGAUUUCCUAAUUUGAAAUAUUUUUAUUUCUCAUGCCUGUUCAAGAUUAUUUCUUAUGAGGUAAAGUUCGACAACAUUUAACAAAACUUCUUUUGUUCACUUGUAAAAAAGGUAAAUUCCUUUAUAUUUAGGUAUUAAAAACAAUCUUUUUGAUGUCAAAGCUCAGAUAUCUUGUUGAAUAAAAAUGUAUUUCUGUUCCACUGGAUACAACAAACAUGACUUUGUUUUUAAUGAAGGAGACCCGACAGCAGAAACCCUGAAAUGUAUUUCUUUUAAUUUAAUUCAAAAUAAAUACUACCACGGCAAUGCAAGUCCACUACUGGGUUCUUGCCCUAAUGUUUUGGUAAGAAAACAAACAAGCAAACGAUCAAAGAAAAGAAGAAAAAACAGUUCAGUUAAUGCAUCCAUCUUCAUCAUCAUCAUCAUCCUUCAGCAACUUUCAAGAGGUGCCUUUUUUAACGACAUACAAGGUAACACUGCCUAGAAUGACCAACAUAAAUAAAACAAAUACUGGUACAAAAGGCGGAGGGGGGGGGGCACAAGGAGCAAAGGAUCAUGGGGGAUUGGAGCAACCUGAUGAAACCAGCACUGCAAAAAAACAACUUUAAAAAGUCCUCCAUGGUCCCACUUGAGUGUAUUUUUUCUUCUUGAAGACGGUGAAACAUAAUUGACGCCAGUUACAGUCAUGUCCUCUCAUUGGAGGAGACCAUGGGGGGGGCGGGGCUAGGUUGUCUCCAUGGAAACAUCCUCCUUGGACGAGACGGUGAAUCGACCAGAGGAAAUAAAAAAUAAAAAAGGGUCCAGUCUUCGACAGUCGUACUUUUUUUUCCCUCCUUUUUUAAAUGUUUUUUAUUUAUUUGUGUCCAUAUAUACUUAAAUGCAGUUUUUGAGUCGUUUGUUUUUUUCGGUCACUAUAUUCUCAGUCAAGUACAGUCACACAAGAACAACAAAAAAAUAAAGAUGUUUAUGUCUGUGAAGAUGCCUCAAAAUGACCCAAACUAAAGAAAAGGCAUUGCAUAUUUACAUCAAGAAGUUUGGGGCGACUCGACCUCACAGCGAGGAGUGUCUCACGUGAUCUGUCACAUGACCAGUGACGUUUUGACACCCUCAGUUCAGGUUUAAAAACGCGCGUGUACGUGUGU